AUGAACACCGUCGAAGGAGCAGUCGCUGUUCUAUGGGGAGAGCAGAAGGUAGGAAACCGAGGCUUGUCCGGCAAGCUAUUGAAAAAGAUCGGGCUUAGGACGGUAAAGUUUGUUGGAUUCCAAUCUCUCAAGGUGCUCGAGUCUCGGAGCGCCACGAUGCUUUAUAGAGAAUGGCCCGUCAACAAGACCAACACCCACGUGUGUCCGGUGAAUGAGGUUUACUCGGCCUCUUUCGCCUGCGCGAAAUAA